AUGGUGACGACCCCCUCGGAUGAAAAUAAUCCCGCAAGCUCAGCCGUUCAGGCGGCCAAUUUUGAUAUGCAGCUUCGUUGUGCCGUCACGGAACUUAAUCCAAAUUACGACUUCAUUACUGCCAAAUAUCCAGAACAGCAGCUGAGGGAGAUUCCGAGAAAUAAACUGAAAUUGAUACGUAUUCAAGCAUUCGUCCUAAAGGUGGUGAGCAAGCUAACGCUGCCAGCAUUAAGUACCCAACAGGAGGAAACAUAUUUUAUGAUGGAAGCUGUGAUAAUAAGAAAGUUUAUGCACAAGAACGUUGUAAAGUGCCUAGGGGUUUGCUUUGAGGAAUACCCUAGGUACUUCAUUCUAGAACUCCUAGAAGGGGGCAAUCUUAAAACAUUCCCCAGGGACUCUAGGCCAAAAUCGGACCAACAUUACUCCCUGAGUAUGAAGGAACUCGUCCAUCUUUCUUUAGACGUCGCAAACGGAUGUCGCCAUCUAGAAGAAAAACACUUCGUUCACAGGCAUGAUCUUUUACACAAAGACAUAGCGGCAAGAAACUGCUUGUUAACAACACGUGGAGAAGGUCGUAUUGCAAAAAUAGCAGACUUCGGGAUGUCUAGAGAUAUCUACAGUGCCGACUACUAUCGAAAAGGUGGAAAGACAAUGCUUCCGAUAAAAUGGAUGCCUCCCGAGGCGUUUCUGGAUGGCGUUUUCACCACAAAAACUGAUGUUUUGUCAUUCGGUGUUUUGCUGUGGGAGAUGUUUACGUUGGGAUACAUGCCAUAUCCUGGGCAAAGGAACAGUGAUGUCAUGCGUUUUGUAUCGUCUGGUGGCCGCCUUAAUCCACCAGAGAAAUGCCCAGCUCGACUAUGUGCCACACAUUUAGAGUACAGGUUUGAGCUUUCCCAGCACCUUUACAUGACAUGCUCUAGAAAACAGCCUUGGACGUUAGGAGAACCACCAGUUUGGAAGCAACUGGAGUAA